AUGCCCUCUUUGAAACGCCCCCGUGACAUUGCCACCUCGCCUCUCCCCGAUCUCCUUGUCAGCGAUAACCGGACGACGUCAAGCACGCUUCAUAAAAUACAAUUCGCCGGCCCACUUCUGCCAUGGACAGGGUUCACCACUGCUGUUAAAAAUGCCUACAAUACACAGCAGUGGAGUAACCGGGUGAUUCAGAUCGGCAUUCAAUCCAGAAAUCUCACCACUGAGAGGGUUUUUGUCGGAGAUGAGGCCGGGGUUUGUGCUCGCUUCCAACAAGCUGCUGGACAGGUCCUUGGUGCAGUAUUUGAGGCCCAAUCAAUCAAUAUAGCACUAGGGGACUUCAAGUGCACUGGACUUUCAUACAGCAAGACCCCCGACGUGGUCAUGCUCUCUUUACCAGAUCUGCAGAACGGCAAUGUGCAGCAACUAAGAGUUGUCGGCGAAGUCAAGGUACCGUGGCUGAUAGAGCAUCGACUUGACUUGUGUGCUGCAAAUUCAACUUGGUUGCGAGAGGUCCUUGCACAACCUAUUUCAUACAUGUUAGACCUUGGUUGUGUGUAUGGCUUCAUCACCAAUUACUGCCAGACCAUGUUCUUACGACAAAUUCAGGUCGGAUCAACUUGGAGGAUUGAGCAUUCCCCCGUCAUCGAAUCAUCCGUCCGAUAUGUGCCCUCAGACCCUGCAAAUCAGGUUAUCGGACCUAUGUUGACCUUCAAUCAAUGUCUUCUAUAUCUUGCUACCAUUGCUGAAACCCAGGGCCCGAUUACCAACCCCACUCCUCGCAGUCAAUGGAUCAGGCGACGUCGAUCUUAG